CCGACAAAGUGCCUUCUAGUCACCGGCCUCACUUCAUUGACUCAAAAUUAGUCUACGUUACAACAGAGUUUAUCCAAUGUGGACCUUUCUCCCAAACUACUCUUAGAACUCGAUUCUUGAAUCAAAAUUAGGUUAUUUUCCCAAAAUAAAUCAUGGACAACUCCAGGAUUUCAAGAGGAUCUUCCGAUCUCCAAUCCCAAUUCGUGAAGAGCACAUCAUUCAACUACAAUUCGCAGCAAACUCCACAUUCAUCAGAUCGGAGGUACGCAUAUCAUCGUCAGUCUUCAUUACAACAAUUUCCCGACCCGCGAACUCCGACGACGGUAAUCUCCAACAACAACAACUCACAGACGCCAGCGUUUUCCCGGAGUAUUUCGAGCAUUGAUAUUCCUCCAGGAUUUCAUCCCGGAAAUGAGAUUGAUUACAGCCUGUGGAAAGAUUCUCCUAAAUCGGAGGGGAAAUUAUCGUCGACUGAGCUGAUUUCAUCGGUUUUUCGAGCUUUGAGGACUGGUAAUCGGCCUAUGAAGAGGUUAUUUUUGUUGAUUUCGCUUAAUGUGGCGUAUUCGACUGCCGAGCUAUUCAUCGGGCUUCUCUCGGGUCGUGUUGGUCUGAUAUCUGAUGCAUUUCAUUUGACUUUUGGAUGUGGCCUUUUGACGUUUUCAUUAUUUGCAAUGACUGCAUCUAGGAGAAAGCCAGACCGAGCCUACACUUAUGGGUAUAAGAGGCUUGAAGUUUUGUCUGCCUUCACAAAUGCUCUGUUUCUUCUCUUUUUGUCUUUUUCUUUGGCUGUGGAAGCGCUUCACGCAUACAUACAAGACGAGUCAGAGCAUAAGCAUUAUCUCAUUGUUUCAGCAGUGACAAAUUUGUUGGUGAAUCUUGUUGGUGUUUGGUUCUUUAGGAACUAUGCUCGAAGAAAUCUUGCCUACAGAAAUGCAGAAGAUAUGAAUUAUCACUCGGUGUGCCUCCAUGUGAUUGCUGAUUCAAUUCGCAGUGCAGGUUUGAUUCUGGCGUCUUGGCUUUUGUCUAUGGGGAUUCAGAAUGCUGAAGUUUUGUGUAUGGGACUAGUUUCAGUUACAGUCUUUAUGCUUGUAAUGCCACUAUUUAAGGCAACAGGUGGAAUUUUGCUGCAAAUGUCCCCACCUAGCAUUUCAUCUUCAGCAAUUACCAAAUGUUCUAGACAGAUUGCUGCUCUUGAAGAUGUGACAGAAGUUUAUGCAGCACGUUUCUGGGAAUUGGUACCUGGGUAUCUUGUUGGUUCACUCUCCCUGCAGUUAAAGAAGGGGGCUGAUGACCGAUCGAUUCUGCAGUUUGUGCAUGGAUUAUACCAUGAUCUUGGUGUCCAGGACUUGACAUUACAGACUGAUUAUGUCUGAAAUCUUCAUUGACUGUUUGUCUGUUCCUGCUCAAGUUACUAAGAUUUUAUAAGCCUUUUCGUUUAAACCAAGCAUAGGCUCGAAAACAUUCUUUACAGGCUUUUUAGACAUUCUUUAAUCUUUAUAGGCCGAGUUUUCUUAUUCCUUGUAAAAUAAUCAAUAUAAAUUAUUGUCUUCGUGAUUGUUUAACAGUAUGUCAGUAUCAGUUUUUUAACUUUUA